AUGGCAGCUGUGAAUAGACUUCCUUUACAUGGUGUUAAAGUUCUCGAUCUAACACGAGUUUUAGCAGGUCCUUUUGCUAGUAUGGUACUAGCUGAUUACGGCGCUGAUGUAAUUAAAGUUGAAAAACCCGGUCAGGGUGAUGAUACAAGAACAUGGGGACCGCCUUAUGUUGAAGAUCAGAGUGCAUACUUUCUAAGUAUCAAUCGAAAUAAACGAAGCAUUGCAGUCGAUAUGAGUCGCCAGCAAGGUCAAACUAUUAUUCAUGAACUUGCGAAGAAAAGUGAUGUUUUAAUCGAAAAUUACCUACCAGGCCAGUUGAAGAAAUUCGGAUUGGAAUAUAAAGAUCUUUGUGCGAUCAACGAUCGAUUGAUUUAUUGUUCAAUAACAGGUUAUGGGAAUCGAGGUCCUUAUUCAAAGCGACCAGGCUAUGAUUUGAUCAUUCAAGCGUUGGGUGGAAUGAUGAGUAUUACAGGAAGUUCAGAACCUGUGAAAGUGGGUGUUGCAGUAAUUGAUUUAGCCACUGGUUUAUCGAGUGUUGGAGCUAUCACUGCUGCUCUUUAUCAACGUGAAAAGAAUGGCAAAGGGACAAAAAUUGAGUGCUCAUUGCUGGAAACUCAGCUUGCGCUUCUUUCACAUAUCGCCGCGAAUUAUUUAAAUGCUGGUUGGGAAGCUAAACGUCACGGUACCGCUCAUCCCUCGAUUGUUCCCUAUCAGGCAUUCACAUGUCAAGAUGGCGAACGAAUCAUUGUUGGAGCAGCAAAUGAUCAAUUUUUUAAAGAACUCUGCUCAAUUAUCGACAUGCCGGAGCUAGCAACCAAUGAUCUAUUCAAGAGUAAUAAACUUCGUGUUACUAAUCGAACACAACUAAUAUCUAUCCUAUCGAAAAGAUUUCUAGAGAAACCUUUGGCUGACUGGAAUGUUCUUUUUGAAAAGUCCAAUAAGAUUCCAUUUGGUCCUAUCAAUGACAUGAAAGGUGUUUUCAGCAACGAACAAGUCAUGUUUUCCAAACAAGUUCUGGAGAUAAAGAAUCCGAAUCGCACGAAAUCCGUUCGUCUUGUUGGUCCGUCGGUCAAUUUCGAGAACAUCGAAAAAUCUUCGAUGCUUCGUUAUUCACCUCCUCUCCUUGGUGAACAUACCCGAUCAAUUCUUCAAACAGAACUGAAUUACACUGAUGAACAACUUGACAAACUUCUUCGGGAGAAAAUCAUUCAAUAA